AUGGCAGACGAGCCGGCGCCCAAGAGAAUGCGCAUGGACGAGGACCGCACAUAUCACGAGCGCUUCAUGCGCGAAGCCCUGCACAUGGCCGAGCUUGCUCUCGCCACCGACGAGACCCCCGUCGGCUGCGUAUUCGUGCGCGAAGGACGCGUUAUCGGCCGCGGCAUGAACGACACGAACCGCUCUCUGAACGGCACGCGCCACGCUGAGUUCGUCGCCAUCUCGCAGAUCCUCGCCGAGCAUCCGGCCAGCGUGCUGCGCGAGACGGACCUCUAUGUCACCGUCGAGCCGUGUGUUAUGUGCGCUUCGGCCCUGAGGCAGUUUGGCAUUCGCGCUGUGUACUUUGGCUGCUGGAACGACAGGUUUGGCGGCACUGGCGGCGUCCUGAACAUCCAUAGCGAUCCGAGUGUCGACAAGCCGUAUCCGGUCCACGGCGGCAUCUUCAGAGAAGAGGCCAUCAUGCUGCUGCGCAAGUUCUACGUCCAAGAAAACGUCAAAGCUCCCGAGCCAAAACAAAAGGGCACGAGGGAAUUGAAGACGGAUAUCGUACCGCUGUCCGCCGAGCAGGUGUGA